CGUGUAUAUCAUUGACUGUAUUGUCUUUUUAGACCAAGAGGACCAAGAGAAACAAAGUGGAGCAGAUCACUGAUACAGAUGCAGGUCCCUCUACAUCUGUGGAAUUUUCUGGGAUGACAGUUCAGGGGACAUCUCACCAGGGACAAUCUAAUGAAAAGAUCCUAAAUGAGUGUGUCUCCAGGGCCUGUCAGACCAGGGCUCUUGACCUCCCGCCAAUCGAUCCGGAUGCUUUCAACCCGAUUAUCAUCCGUUUUCUGGAAAAACUUACUGAGGAGCAAUGGAGGCAGUUAAGCAUUGGCAGGAUGGACCCUGUGAUGAGGGCAUUGCUUGCAGAGAUGUGCCUGGAGAUUGUGCGGUUUGUAUCUGAGGCCAUCCUGGAGGUCAUCAUCCCUGCAAUUUUCCGUUUUGUACGGAUAUACAGCCAUGUGUCUCCAGUAUCCGGCAAGUCUCUGACAGAAUCAGAGAGAUCCUCUAGCACAAACCUGAAGGUUCGCAAGAGAGGCAGCAGCAAAUCCUCAAGGUCUUGCACGGCCAAAUCAAGCUCCUCUCGUAAUGGUGUACAAAGAAGGUCAACAAGAAGAACCACUGCACUCCAACACCUUCCCAGAACCAGACCCCUGCCGGUAGUGAAACAGCUUAUGCCUGCCCACACCAUAACCCUACAGCCAACACGACGCCAUAUACGUGGUCUGUGGUUGUGAGGCCGGUUGGACAUACCGCCAAAUAUUCUAAAACGACAUUGAAGGCGGCUUAUGAAAUUGUCAAUGAUCAAGAAUCCUGCCGAACAGAGAGUGUAUGCUCCACCAAGAAGAAACCAAGGAAGCGUUCGCUCAUUUCCAGGAUGUUUUCAGCUAUAGGCAAAGCCUUGUCCAGUCCCUUUACUUCCUGCUAUAAAAAGAAGAGCACCUAAUCUAUAUUUCAAAAUAAAUAUUUGAAAUGAACAUAA